GUGACUCUGAGCCUGAGGUUUGUUUCGGUUGUGGCUUGUUCUUCACAAGAGUGGUGCGCCUCAACACUGAUUGGUGGUUGUCUGAUGUCUGAAGUACGAGCUGGUGCACAUCCUGACUGCAAGAAAGGGAUUUUUGUGGAGGUAGCAGGCGGUGGCUGCAGCGUGCUGGGAGAUUCAUGAUCUUGGGAUCAGUUGCAGCUCUAAGGCCUGACGGCCUUCUUUGGACUAUCCACACAGGACAGGAGUUUAGUACGAAACAAAGCUGCACUGAUUGGUCCUGCAUCACUUCAACCCACCCCAAAGUGAAUGCAAGUUCUUCCUUGGAAUCUCUAAAUUUUCACUUGCGGCGUGCUUUUAAACCUCGAGAACCUACAACAUUGUUCUGGGAUUGCUCCCAGAAACUCCUGCAAAUCAAAUCAAAGUGGAAUGCUUUGGCCAAAGGACCUGUCGCUCAGAGGACAGAAGUGGUAGAGCCGCCUGCAAUGGCUCCAAAGAAGGAGAUGCUGGGGAAGCUCUUCAAAUAUGGCGACAAGGGAGUACAGGUGGCCUUUCGUAGUGGAAACUUCUCCAAGCAGGCCAUCUUCAUUGGCGGUCUGACGGAUGGGCUUUUAGCUACCAAAUAUGUCGAGCCUUUGGCCCAUGCCCUUGGUGCAAUCCAGUGGUCACUGGUACAGCCCCUCUUCUCUUCCUCUUAUACCGGCUACGGAGUCUCCAGUCUAGACCAGGAUGCGCAAGAGAUUGAGAGCCUGAUCAAGUUCCUGGUGAACGAGGAGGGCUCGGAAGGUGUGGUUCUAAUAGGGCACAGUACAGGGUGCCAGGACAUUGUGCACUACCUGCGCGUAGGUGGCGUGUGCACGCGCGCGGUGCGGGGCGUGAUUUUACAGGGUCCGGUGAGCGACCGGGAGUACUUGGCGACCAUGCCUGACACCGCCAAGCACCUGCAGCUCGCCGAGAAGAUGAUCGCCGAGGGGAAGAAGCACGCGCUGAUGCCCCGGGAAGCCAGCCCGGAGGCACCCAUCACUGCGUACAGGUACCACUCGCUUGCGUCGCCAGGCGGGGACGAUGACAUGUUUAGCAGUGACCUGCCCCAACAGACGCUGGAGUGGAAGCUGGGUCACAUGGCGCUCAUCCCCACCGCCAUCAUCUUUUCAAUGCAAGACGAGUUUGUGCCCCCGCAUGUCGACAAAGCGGCCCUGCUGAAAAGGUUGAGCAAAGCCAUGGGCGGCGCGGAAGCGAUCGCAGUGCAAGGUGGGGACCACAGCUUAUCAAAUAGAACGGCAGACGCAGUGCACUCUAUCAUCGAGUUUAUUCGAAAAGAAGGACCAAAGGGCUGGGACGAUCCGUGGACCUAGAUGUUAAUGUGAAGAGUCUCGUCCAAGGCUCUAAGCUCUGGCAGUGGUUUCAAGGACAUCAGCUUAGCAACGUCCUUACUUGGGUACCCAGGUUUGAUCUGUUGCCGGAGAGAGCAUCGUUCAGAAAUCAGGUCCGAAUGUCGGCUGUCAGGCGAUCUAGAAGUAGUUGCCGCAUGCCCGCUUGUUCGCUUGGUAGAGAACCUGCUCGCAUUAGCGUUAGCAAUCUGAGUAAGUUCACUACGGCGUACUUCGCCGUAGGACCUAUGCCGGCGACCAGCUUCAGCAUCAGAGAGCAGCGACGAUACGAAGUUGAACAAGGUCAAGUUGUCUUUCAAGAUGUUUAGCAGAUCUUGAUGUUGAUCAAGAUGUUUAGCAGGUACUCCGACUGUAAAAUAAUAGAUCAACCUGUCCUAUGAUCUUCUACAACCGGGUGGCCCCAACAUACAACUGCCAUGAACUUCGGUGCACCGUGGCAUGUCGGCUAGGAUGUGAUUGCCACCCUGUUGUAUUCGAUUGAUGACUUGUUGGCGCUUUUUCAGCCUUUG